AGGCGCACGAGAGCGCUUCAGACAAAGCCUACUGAGUGAAACCCAUUCCCAUGGUUACUUGUGCUCUUUGAUCGCUUCCAAUCUUGGAGAGGGAAGCAAAUUGUCAAUCUUACUAUACUGGAGUGAUAAUUUUCAGCGCAUCUCUAGCGAAUGGUUUAUUUAAUUUAAAUGUUGUCCUUUUUUAUUCCAUCCGCAGAACUCGGUUGCAGUCGCCUCAAUCCAUUUACCGCUGGCUGGUACGCCUAGCCCCUCUGCGUUGCAAUCUGUUGAUAACUCGACUUGCAAGCUGCAGUUUAUUGUCUUUCGAAAUGGGAAACUCUUUCCUUGCACAGGGAAUUCGUCAAAUCUUGCAGAUGAUGGAAAACGUAGGAGCGUUUCGACACCAGUUGCUUUCACCAAAUUAGAUAGGUGCACCCUCGGGAGCGCGGUGCACUCCGUUACCAUCGCUCUCAGGCACUUCGCGCUGGGUGUAGACCCCACCGCAGCCUAUUGGGAUUUUGACCUGCUAGAUGGGCACGGUGGCUGGCGGGCAGAGGGGUGCCACAUAACAGACUCCCUGGGCAGCACGACCACCAUUCAUUGCACUCAUCACAAUAACUUUGCGGUGCUAAUGGAUCUGAAGAAGGUGCUUUCUUUCCCCCCGUACCCUGGGGAGUUUCUGCACCCGGUCGUGUAUGCCUGCACGGCCGUUAUGUUGCUCUGCCUCUUCGCCUCCAUCAUCACCUAUAUCGUGCACCACAGCACAAUCCGCAUCAGUCGGAAGGGAUGGCACAUGCUCCUCAACUUCUGUUUCCACACGGCUCUGACCUUCACUGUGUUUGCCGGAGGCAUCAAUCGAAUCAAAUACCCCAUCAUCUGUCAAGCAGUUGGCAUGGUGCUACACUACUCGUCCCUCUCCACCAUGCUGUGGCUGGGUGUGAUGGCCCGGAACAUUUACAAGCAGGUGACCAAAAAGCCCCUGCAGCCCCAGGACGGUGACCCGUCUGCCAACACCAAACAGCCCAUGCUAAAUCUACAACCCAGGCCGGCACAGAGAGAGAAGCACAUCCUCAGGUUUUAUUUAGUCAGUGGCGGAGUGCCCUUCAUCAUCUGUGGAAUCACAGCAGCCAUCAAUAUUGAGAACUAUGGCAGUGGGGAGACGGCACCCUACUGCUGGAUGGCGUGGGAGCCCAGCCUUGGAGCCUUCUACGGCCCGGUGGCGUUCAUCGUCCUGGUCACCUGCGUCUACUUCCUGUGUACCUUCAUUCAGCUGAGGCGCCACCCAGAGAGAAAGUACGAGCUGAAAGCCCUGACUGAGGAGCAGCAGAGGCUGGCAUCCAUCACCGACGUGGGUAGGCAUUGUCAUCAAGGGGAAGGGGAGCCCGGAGCCCUGCCACCACCUCCCAAUGGAGGGCACUGCCAUGCUGGCUGCCACUCGUCCACUGCCAUCAACCCCUCUAUGCUGGCCAACGAGCAUUCGUUCAAGGCCCAGCUGAGGACGGCGGCCUUCACCCUCUUCUUGUUCGUGGCCACGUGGGCCUUCGGGGCGCUGGCUGUUUCACAGGGCCACUUCCUGGACAUGAUCUUCAGCUGCCUGUAUGGUGCCUUCUCCGUCACGCUGGGCCUCUUCGUGCUCAUCCACCACUGUGCCAAGCGGGAUGAUGUGUGGCACUGCUGGUGCGCCUGCUGCCCCGGGAGACGCGCCAACCACGGUUGCCACGGCCAUGGUCAUGGCCACACUCGUCCAAAGGUUAAUGUCAAUGGGGAUGCCUUAGGGCAUGGGCACGGGCAUGGGCACUGCCACCUGGAUUCGCCGUGCCCAGGUAAGGCCCUGUUAGGAGGACACACCCACAGUGGCACCUUGGGUCACUGUAAGCAUGGCAGCCUGGCGUCGUCGCAGAACCAUGUGACGUGCCUGCCCGCCGUGGUGCCGUGCUGCGCCGCCCUGCACAGCCAGCAGCUGAUGGAGGAGGAGCCUCCCGCACACGUGCUGCUACACGCUGACUCCGAGGGCUACCGGCCAGACAUCCAUCUGCAUCGAUGCCUGAAGGGCAGCACUAGGACUAAGCCUCGCCACUUCAGCCGUCACCGGCAGGCUGGCACAGGAGGGGGAGGAGGGGUGGGAGAGAGGGAGUACGCCUAUCACAUCCCUACUAGUGUAGACGGAGGCUCUAUCCACAGCUCCCACACAGACAGCCCUCACAGUACGCACGAGCGUCACGGACACAUCUGCCACCUGGCUGCUGCCCCCAACGAAGUGGGCCACCACACUUGCCAAGCGGCAACGGCUCACGAGGCGGCGCUGGCAUGCCACGCCCCCUGCCAUCGGCACGUGCCUUGCUGUGCCAAGGCGGACCUGUUCCCCACUCUGUGCCAGGUGGAGGCAGGCGACACGGGCACCUUUCUGUGCGGCUGUGGCAAAAUAGCCAAUGAGGAGGAUGUGAUCAUGCCUCAUCACCACCUGGAGAUGCACCCGCGCAGACAAUCCUACCCGCAGAACCCGCCACCCAAUCAGAAUGGCAUCCUUAAAGGUGGCCUGCACGAGGGUUUCCUGUACGCAUCAGACAGCACAGGGAAUAUACGCACUGGACCCUGGAAAAAUGAAACUACUGUGUAGUCUAAAGAUGGGGGGGGAUAUAGGCAUCCAUUCCCGCCCCAGCCUCCGUCCCUCCAAUCCUCAACUCACCCCUCCUUUCCUUUCUAGAAACUACAAAAAUGAUUUCACAACUCUUAACAUCACAACUUUUACUUUUUAUUCUUUGCUUGUUUUCACGUGUUCCUUGUCCCAUUUGGGGUGGCAGGGUAGCCUAGUGGUUAGAGCGUUGGACUAAUAACCGGAACGUUGCAAGUUCAAACCCCCGAGCUGACAAGGUAUAAAUCUGUCGUUCUGCCCCUGAAUAGGCAGUUAACCCACUGUUCCUAGGCUGUGGUUGAAAAUAAGAAUUUGUUCUUAACUGACAUGCCUAGUUAAAUAAAGGUAAAAAUUUAAAAUUCACUUGACAGAUUAUCUGACAUUGUCAUAUAAAGAUCCCAAUGACCAGCCAUACAGAACAGAUUUUUCUCCUUCAUAGAGGAAUGUGAGUUCCACGUGCGAGUUACAGUACCUUUUGUCAAAGGUAUUUUUACCACUAUAGUAUGUUAUUAUUAUUAUUAUUAUUACAGAUCUAUCGAGGAUGGAGAUUAUGGAUGUGUGUGUGGAUGUGUGUGUGAACAGAACACCAGUGUUUAUUCUUGCUCAAAGCAAAUGAGAUUGCGUUCUAUUUUGUGAGUCCCUAAAAUGCUCCGACUACUCUCUGACUUGUGUACCUGCAGUACUUCAAGAAGCUCAGUAUCAGUGUUUUAGGCAAACACACCAGCAAUUUAGAGUCAUUGGUAUUUUUGCCAUUUUGAACAAAAAGCAUACUUACUAUAAUAUACUGUGAAUAUCAGUUAGAGAUUUCUUAGUAAUAUACAAAGAUGUCUACUCUCGUCAGAGUUCCGUGGAUGCCGAUACGUUGUGAAAAUGUAAAAAAAAAAAAUACACAUUGGAAAAACCGAAACCACAUUGAGUAUUCUGUUACAGGUUGAUAUUGAAUGUUCUUGUCUGUAUGAUGUCUUACUGUUGUGUUUUUUUUUAGAGCGAAGUGUACAACAACAGUCACAUUGUCAUUGUGUAUAUUUGCGGUGUUGGUGCGAUAGUGACAUCACAUGCCAUGACCAAGCAGCAGCCGUUCCAGGCUCAACCCUUUCCUCUUGCCCCAUUUGAUAUACAGUAAAACCAAGCCAACAUUUUCCAUCUCUGGCAAGGCAUCACAAAAUGGUUGGAGGUUCAUUCAAUGGGUCAUGUCCAAAAUCAAUGCUUAAACACAAUAUUUCAUUUCUUUAUAGGAAACAGAGCAUGCGAGCCUUGUAUGUAGCUUUGUGCUGUGUUUUUGCUUUGUAUAUCAAUGCACAUUUCUUGAAAAACGCCAUCACUUUUGUCUAUGGAGCAGAUCAAGCUGAGUUUGCUUAUAACAUGCCGUGAAACAAACAAUUAUAUUUUUACACGAUUUUUAGUAUCAUUAUGCCAUUAUUAUGGAUGCUCCUGAAACCAUGUUCUGUUAAGGGACAGAGGACAGGGCAGAGAUUCAGUGUUGAACAUUUAACCUUAUACAGGUGGUAUUAUGUAUGGCGGCCCUAAGAGCCAAUUUAUGCUUGAUUCAAAAAAUGUGGUGGGAGGCGCUGUAUGGAUGGUGUGACGCAAUUGCGGAGCCUCUGGAGGCACGCCGAGGCCAAAUUGAGCUCCGUACCACAUAGCCGUGUGCUCCGUAUAGCUCCGCAUUGACAUGAUUCGUUGACGGUAGGCGAGGGCUUAAAUUCCUGUCUAAACACAAACCAACUUCCUUCACAACAGCUCUGCUUUGCGAAGCGCAAGAAGUACGAAUGCCCCUGACUUCCGCAGAGGCCAUAUCACCGUAAAUGCUGCGCGGCCAAUGCAGCCGUCAGAUUGACCACGCAGCGCCUUUUAAGUGGCAAAGUAAUUUAAGAAAAUCUCAUUUGGCCCCCUUAGGGCCACCGUAGUUAUGUUCGGUAUGGAAACCAGUCAUUCCCGAGUGAGAGAGAACUGACAAGGUUAAUAGAGAAACAAUUCCCUACCUACAAGAAUACAGCAACUCCUGCCUGGCCAAAACCACCUUGGCGUGCCACACCGUCCAUCCAUCUUGUGCACUCUUGUCUAUGUCCAUAGAAUUGGUUCUGAUGAGUUCUUUUUUUAUAUACAAGAUUUAAAAUGUUAAAAAGAGUAAAUAAAUAUAUAUGUAAUGAAAAUGUAUGGGAAAGACCUCUUAAUGUUAAUGCUCAGUAUCUGAGUUUAGAAAUGUAAUUUGUUCUUGGUGCAUUUUUCCGUUUGCUUGUAUUUUUGUUCUGAUCUUUCAUAAAGGGUAUGCGGACUGGCCAUAUAUUUUGUUAUAUUUGACACAUAGAUGCACUAACCGCUAUGGGAUACCGGGACUUCAUGUCACACACGGUCAACUGUGAUUCAAUUGUGAUCUGAAUUCAACAAGGGACUUGAUUUUAGAAAGAAAUGUUAGAAUUUCUGAAAAGAGAGCAUUUUUAGAUGUACAUACGUAAAAGAAAUAUUUCUGAUUUUGGAAGACAAACACUGACCAGUAGCAAAAUGAGCCGCCAUGAGACUUCAAGACUAUGUCAGACGAAUAUCGAUGCUGUGUAACAGUUUCACUAAAUAAACCUAACAUCCUUGGUAUUCUUAAAUCAUCCCUGCAUUAAACAUGUCUAUGAGAGACUA